AUGGAGCCGAUCAUUCUUAGUAGCAAUGGCAGUAGUACUAUCCAUUAUUUGAGCGUUCCAUUUGGAGCCCUCUUCUUCUCCAUACUCUACUACACGUUCAGCACUCGAAGGAGCCGCCCUAGUGCCAAAUGCCUCGUCGCAAAACUCCCUCCAGGGUCGAUGGGCCUUCCGAUCAUCGGAGAGACUCUUCAGUUCUUCGUUCCUUACACCUCCGACGACAUCUCGCCUUUCAUCAGCAAGAGGGUACAAAGGCACGGCCCAGUGUUCAAGACGAAACUGAUCGGGAAGCCGAUGAUCGUGUCCACGGACGUAGAUGUCAACCGCUUGGUGUUGAAUCAAGAAAGGGAAGGCCGGGAAGAGAUGUUGUUCAAGCCGUGGUACUCCGACAGCUUCAACGAGAUAAUGGGCAACGACAGCCUGCUGGCUCUCGAGGGCUCGGCGCAUAAGUACAUGAGGAACUUGGUGCUCGAAGGGUUCGGACCGGAGCGCCUCAAAUCCCUCCUCGCCGACAUGGAACGACACACCGUCCGACACCUUCACUCCUGGUCGUCGAAACCUAGCAUCGAUUUGAAAGAAGCGGCUUCCACGAUGAUUCAUAGCUUUACGGUCGAAAAGGUGUUCAGCAUGAGUACCGACGACAACGAGGAGCCACUAGUGAGAGAAUUCAAACGAUGUUACGACGAUUUUCUCCACGGGUUGAUCUCGUUCCCCAUCUACAUUCCGGGCACUUCUUAUUGGAAGUGUAUGAAAGGACGAAAGGGUGCAUUGAACAUUAUUAAGACGUUGAUGGAUCAAAGGAGAGAAUCCCCACACGAGGAAUUCGAAGAGAGGGAUUAUCUCGACUUUAUGAUAGCAGAAAUGAAGAAAGACGGAAGCCCUCUAACCGAGAAGGUCGCCAUUGAUUUGCUCUUCUUGCUUCCUUUCGCAACUUUCGAAUCCACUUCCUCUACCAUUGUGACGGCAUUUCACUACUUGAGCAAGCAUCCCGCGGCACUCCAAGAACUUACCAGAGAACACGAAGCCAUUCUGAGAGGGAGAGAAAGGAGUGAAUCGGGAGGAAUCAGUUGGAAAGAGUACAAAUCAAUGACUUUUACCCACAUGGUUAUCAACGAGACCUUAAGGCUUACAAAUAUAGUCCCUGGAAUUUUCAGGAAGGCGGUGAAAGAUGUUGAAGUGAAUGGAUACUUGAUUCCAGCUGGAUGGACGGUGAUGGUUUAUCCGGCUUCGGUUCAUCUCAACCCCAAAGUAUACGGAGAUCCUUUGAGAUUCAAUCCAUGGAGAUGGAAGGGCCAGCAGCUGCAUUCAGGAUCGCAGAAUUUCAUGGCGUUUGGUGGUGGGGUUAGGCUUUGUGCUGGAGCAGAUUUCGUCAAGGUUCAAUUGGCCAUCAUUUUUCACCACCUCGUCACUAAAUACAGGUGGGAUGUGAUCAAGGGAAAGGAAGCAGUUCGAUACCCCGGAUUAAUAUUUCCAGAGGGCUUCCAUAUCAACAUCUCUGAAAAGAACGUGGAACCAGCUCAGAAGUAAUUAACAACCGGCGGGUGAAAGAAAACAAAAAUUGCUACUGCAAACAGAGAUGGUAAAUUGUAUCGAAUAAGUUAGUG